AAAAGUAAAGUAGGUGGGACAAAUCUCCAUUAGACCACAUUAUGGAAGCUACUUUCAAAAAGAUACAAGCCAGAAAGAAUCUUGUGGCACACAUCCAUAAUUUUUAGAAAUUAAAGUGUGAACUCAGUAGUUCACAGAAAGCAUACAUUUUUCUGCAAUCUAUUCCAUCAUUUCUUAGCAGUCAGGUAAUACAAGCAAUGGCUAAAGCACAAGCAAAGAUGGCAACAAUCUUGAGUAUUGAUGGAGGAGGAGUUAGGGGACUUAUUCCUGCCCAAGCUCUUGGAUUUUUAGAGGCCAAACUUCAGGAAUUAGAUGGUGCAGAAGCCAGAAUAGUAGACUAUUUUGAUCUUAUAGCAGGUACUAGUACUGGAGGACUGGUGACUGCUAUGAUAAGCUCUCCAAAACCUAACAAACGUCCUCUGUUUUCUGCCAAAGAAGUCACUGAUUUCUACUUGAGGAGUCUUCCUGAAAUUUUCCCACAACCAACGUUAGUAUAUGAUCUCAACCGUUGGAAUCUGUUUGGAGGAGCCACGUGUCUGUUUUAUGGUUGCAAAUACUCAGGGCAGUACCUCGGGCAGAUCUUUAAUGAGAUGAUUCCUAAUCUACGUCUAAGCGAGACCAUCACCAAUGUGUUAUUACCCACUUUUGAUAUAAAGCUGCAGCAGCCAAUCAUUUUUUCUACUUUUGAGGCAAAGGAAAAUGCUUUCAAGAAUCCAUUUUUAAAAGAUGUAUGCAUUGGUACAUCUGCAGCUCCUACUUUUUUCCCACCUCACUACUUUACAACACAUGAUCAAUCCUCUGGAAGAUCUAGAAGUUUUCACUUGAUAGAUGGAGGAAUUGCUGCCAACAAUCCUACUUUGUUAGCAAUAAAUCAAAUUAAAAAAAUGCGCCUGAAGGAGAAUCCGGGAUUCAAAAAUACUAGACCUCAGGAUUAUGGAGAAAUAUUAGUUCUUUCACUUGGAACUGGACAAGAAGAUUCACAAAGUAUAAACUAUAAUGCCAAAGAGGCUGCUCAAUGGGGUGGUUUGGGAUGGAUUCAGAAUAAGGGUAGAGCUCCAAUCAUAGAUGUCUUCAUGAAUGCCAGUGCAGAUAUGGUGGACAUAUACAUGGCUAAUAUGUUCCAGUCUGGUUUUCACAAAGGAAACUAUCUCAGAAUCCAGGAAGCAAAUUUAAGUGGAGUUGGAGUAAGUGUAGAUUGUUCAUGCAAAGAAAACCUUGAGAAUCUUGUGAAUAUUGGGAAGAAGUUAUUGGAUAAGCCUGUGAGCAGAGUGGAUUUGGAAACUGGCAAGUUUGAAGAAGUUCAAAAUGAGGGUACCAACAAGGAUGCAUUGACCAGAUUUGCCAAAUUGCUAUGGGAAGAGAAGAGAAAAAGAUCAUCCUUAUAAUCGUGUCACAAUAGGAAUACUAGAUUUCUAAGACUCCCAGUGCUCCUUCUUGCCUGUGGACAUGGGUUUGGGAUUCCUUUCAAAUGCCAUGGAUAUAUAUUACAGCGUUUGCUUAUUCUUCAAGUUCUAUGCUAGAAAUAUAUUCAUGGAAAUCUUUUCAGUGAUGCUCUCCUUCUCAGACUUGCUUUGCAAGAUGGCCAAUUCCCAAAGGGAGGUUUUUGCUUCUUCCUAAGCAUGAAGAUUGAAGUGCCAAAGACAAUGAAUGUGUUCUUUUCUGGUUGCAGAUCUUUUCAAUUUAUAAAUAUAAAUAUAUAUACGUGUGUGUGUUGUGUCUAGUUUUGAUUAUUUUUGUU